AUGUCUACCUUCGCCUUCUUAUUGCUCUGCGUCCAGGCUUGCCUGAUCCAGAAUGUGAUGAGCCAGUGUGGUUGUGGCGGUAUUGCCGCCGCUCCCGCCGCCAUUUCCUACGGCGGCUGCGGCGUGGGAUACGGUGCGGGUUACGGUGCGGGAUACGGUGCGGGAUACGGCGCCGCUGGCCAAGGAAACGUGGCCGUUGCCGGCAGCUUGGACGUGGCUGGUAACACGCUGGUCACAGGCGCGGUGCCAGUGCUCGGCUCUGUGUCGUACAGCGGCAGCGUGCCGGCUGCGGGCUCCGUCACCAUCUCGGGCACCUGCGGCUGCGGCUGCGGUUGCUGA